AAUCAGGUAUCAAGCAUUGGAAACGUAUGCCGUUGCGAUAAAAUUAUUUUUGCAAAUUAUUGGAAAAAUUAACACUGUUGCCUCGUGAGUUGUUACAACGGAAUUUAUUAUAUCGUAAGCACGGUAUUGUGUAGUUCUAAACUUGUUACAUUUGCGAAGAAUUGCUAUUCAGAAGAGAUGGAAGGAGAGGAGCCGAAAGAAAAUGAAACAGACAUCCAAAUUGCAAUCGGAAUCAUGUGCGCGUUUUCUGUAAUUGGAGUUAUUGGAAACGGUUUAGUUCUUUAUGGAUUUACACGUGCUAGGUCAAAGUACACAUCCACCAUUUUUAUUCUUACGCUCGCCGGGACGGAUUUUACAACAUGUCUGAUAACAAUUCCCGCUACAGUUGCAAUGGAAUUGAAUAAAUUUGAAAUGGAACAUGAUAUUCUGUGCAAAAUAUUUCAUUUCUUGACAACGAGUACUAUUUCAUUUUCAGCUCUCACAAUGGUAAUGAUAGCUAUUGACAGGUAUUUCUGCAUUUGUCGGCCAUUUAUGAGAGUUAUGACAGUAUCACGUGCAGGCGUUCUUAUUUGCAUGUCCGUAAUCAUUGCCUUUGUUAUUGGAAUAUUUUCAUGCCUAAGUUAUGGAGUUUAUAACUAUCCUACGAAUAAUUUGACAUCUUUGCUCAACGAAACAUCAACAAUUGAUCCGAAUCUGUCUCCCGGAGAAAUAAAAAACAACUUAGUGAAAGCUCAUAAUAUGUACAAAAAUGAAUCUGGGUUACACAACAAUACCGAAAAGCCACCAGAAAUUGCAUAUGGUCAAUGCUAUUUUAACCAUUUAACAUUUGGAAUCAAAGGCGCACAAACAUUUAAAACAAUUCAUUCGGCAUUUUACGCUGUCUGUGUCAUUGCUGUUACCUUCAUUUAUUGCAUAAUUUAUGGCUUCAUUUUAAAACGACGCAGGCGACGGUUACGCAAUGAAUCAUUUCCGUGUUGCACUUUCAAACAGAGUCCUAUUGGAGAAAACGACAAUACCGAAAUAGUUUACCUUGGAAAUGACGCUACAACACAAACAGAAGACAUUAAUCUUAACGAAUCGUCAUGUUCCGGAAAAUUUAAAAAUGGAUUUACCGAUCGUACGAAAGGUGUAUUACACAGUAAACUAGAGAAGAUCCGAAUGAAUAAUAUUAAAACAGCAUUGAUGCUUUCCAUAGUGGCGGUUAUUUUUAUAAUUGUAUUUUUACCUGCAUGGUUGAUGAUGCAUAAUCUCAUUGAUUUUAAUGUGACAAUAUUUUAUUUAUAUUUUACGUACAACGUCAGCAAUCCGUUUGUGUAUGCUUUCAUGAAUCCUGACUUUCGGAAGCAGAUGAUUGACAUAUUUAAAACAUGGCGGAAAGUACCCUGAGGAAGACAUAUUUUGUAAUGAUUAUCAUAUACUGAAUCUGAAUAUAGACAAUCUAAAUAUACCUGACUGGAGCACUCACAACUACGACAUCUAAUUAAUACUUUUAAAUUAAAUGUUAAAUGUACCCUUUUGUUCAUGCAAAGAACAACACUAAAAUGAAUUCCAUGUGAAUAUACCGUCCAGCAAAAAACUUCAAUGUGUAAACAAAGUCACAUUAUUGAAAUAGUGCACUAACUUUUGAAAUACCGAAAAGCCAAUUGUUCACUCGAUAACGACCGAGUUCUUACGAUUAUUUUUUCGUUAAAAAAGAAUAUCAAGCAAGUAUUAUCAUUACUCAGCGUUAAAACAUUAAAUUCAUUAUAUUUAGUUAUAGCAUUACAAGUAAACUUAAUUUAGCAGUUUAAUAGCUCUGAACAAAUUAAACGAGAGCAACAAGUUGUACGAAAUGUGUUCGAUCUAAACAAUCUGAUAGAUUUAAGAAAAAGAAAAAAAGUAUUUCUUACUGUGAGUACUAAUAGAAGGAUAUCCCAUACUGAAAAAGGCAAACCGACAGAUCUUCUUCAAUUGGGGGUUGACUAAUCGAGCUUUAUUUAAAUUUUACAUUUUUACACUUACAAAUACCACAUUUGUACCCCCAAAAUUACAAAUUCAAUUAAUAAAAAAGACAUGUAAAGAAUAUUAUCUUUGAUUUGGUCCAGUGUGUUCACUUUUAUGAGCUUUAGUUUUGACCACUAUGUGGCUAAUUUAAUGUUUCUUAAAUGAAAAAAAUCGAGGCAAGAAUAAAUUGAUCAAGUAACAUGUAAAAACUGUUUGAAGAAUGCAUUGACCUUACCUUUUUAUAUUGUAACUCUAAAGAGACCAAAUGGGAUCAAGCUUGAAAAGGAAUGCUUUGUGUUGCGUUACUAUUGACACUCAGUGUAUUAUAUUUUAAUAAACAAUGAAUGGAAUUGCUUAUUUAUUUCAGUUCACUUCAGGUACUUGAACUUACUUAAUCAUUAUUUGCCUAUACGGUAAUGGCUCUCGUCAUGUGAAUGUGUUCCUAAAGCUGUAAUUCAG